GGGGUGAGUAUAUACGUGGUUUCGUGUUAUAUUUUCCGCGACUAAUUUUUUUUCGUCUUUCAUUGGCUAGAAUGGUGGCGGUCAAUUGGAGUUUGAAUUGUCCUUGGGUGCGUGCUGUCGGGUGCUGUAUUUGCGUGGUUGUGUUUGCGUCGUUUGCCAGCAUAUGUGAUUACUGUAAACGUGUAUUAAACUAUUGUAACGCUUUGUUUUUCUUUGUUUGUGCAUGUACUAGGCAUUAUUUGUCGUACAAUUCGUUGUUUGGUCUAUUGGUUGCUUGCGAUGUCAACGAACCGUCCGUUGCAGGUAGUCAAUUCGAGUGACAGGAGCACAGAUUUAAGUGGAAUUUUUGCUGAAUACAUACUUGGAAAGCGUUUCUUCAGCUGGGAUGAAUUUGAGAAGUCAUUAGCAGAAUUUCAAAAAUUAUCCUACACUCACUAUGUUCAUAAUUGCAGCAAAACGAUACCGGAUGCCAGGUUUAAGUACGCUUAUGUUGGUUUUAAAUGCACUUUUGGAGUGAAUCGUACAAGACCUGGAUUGAAAUUGAAAAACAAGUCGUCUAAAUGUUGCAAUUGCUCGUCUUCAUUUCGCGUGGUUUUGCAUUAUAGUGAAUACAUAAUUGCUUCCCACAAUAUGGUGCAUAACCAUCCAUGCAGCAGGGUGUACAUGCAGAAUGACCCAUGGUAUAGACGACUAACAGUUGAAGAGAAAGAAAAUAUUGAACCACUUCUUCAGCAAUCCCACUCAUCCGAUGAAAUAAUAAUGCAUGUUAAGGAGAAGUACAACAAGGAUAUAACUCGCAUUGACGUUAAAAAUAUGAAAGCCGCAGUGAAUAAAGGUAUUUCGAGUCGUCGUGACAUUUUUGAAUUCCUAAAAUCCCGUGGGAAGUUAAUGGAGUAUUAUUCCGAUGAACCGAUCAGGAAUUCACUAACAAGAAUUUGUUUUGCAACUUAUGAGCAAAUGGAAUUGUAUAAACAGUUCCCUGAAGUUGUUGGUAUCGACUCGACGUAUAAUACAAAUAAGGGGAAGUAUUCUUUGUUCCAGCUACUUGUGACGGAUAAUUUUGGUCGUGGACGACCAGUUUUAUUUGCGUGGACUAGAAAAGAAUUCAAACGAGAUGUAGUUUGGAUAUUAGACUGUUUCCGGCAAAUAAUGGAAGACACCUCCAAAACAGAAUCCUUCAUUAUGGAUUGUGCGCAAGCUGAAAUAGCAGCCGUCAAGUUAACGCACAGACAAGCGCACAUUGUUUUGUGUUCUUUCCAUGUUUGCCGAGCUUUCUGUCGGAAAACAAGAAAUCCCAUUGUGAAGAACUACUUAUGCCGUCUAGUGCAGUGUAAAAGGAGAUCAGAAUUUAAUUUCUACUUCAGAGUUAUUAGCAGAUUGGAUGCUAAUGUCAGUCAAUAUCUACAACGUCGUUGGAUGCAUCGACGAGAAUUGUGGGCGGCCUGUUUCAGAGAUAACGUGCUGACUUUUGGGAACGAUACAAAUAAUCGUGUCGAGAGUUCCCACAAGCAGAUGAAACGGUUUUUGCAAAGAUCUGAUAGUCUGCAUAAAAGUAUGCUAAAGGUGUAUAAAUGGCAUAAACGAAGUUUUUCAAUAAUACAGCAGGAGGCGAAUAUUGCUCAAUCACGAUGCUUCACGUAUCCCUGUUCACAAAGUUUAAUCCCAAUUAUACGGUUGCUUACACCAUACGCCGCGAGGAAGGUAAUACGUGAAUACCAAUUGCGACGAUGGGCUACUGUUGAGUUCGAAUCCUUUGAUUAUGUAUUCUUCAAAGAAAAUGGGAAUACAGUGCAGGUUGAUCUGAGUGCUUGCACCUGCACGUGCUUUACAUUUCAGACCUGUCGGUACCCCUGCCGACACUUGCUUUUGGUCCACUUCAGAAAGCCGUAUUUCACAGGUAUAUUUGCGUUUUUAUGACUACGUUUUUAAUGUAUAAUGUAAUGUAAUAAUCAGUUCAUAGUUAUCUUAACUUUUUUUGUUCCACCUUUUGUAGUUAACCAUGUGAUGCAUAAUUGUAAACAAUGGACGUGGUCACGCAACUUGUUCGCAUCUCAAAGUACGUCAGCAGUUAUCCCUCGAAAUCGAAGUGACAUAUACGAUACCAAAAAGAAGAUUAUCAAUGCGGGUAUGGACAGAAUUAAUGACAAAUUUGGAGAAGUGUUUGCCAAUGCUUAUGCAGACGGAGUAAUCGCAGGAAUCAAUCGUGUUCUUAAUAUGUAAAUAAACUAAAUUUUUGUCAUAAU